AAGAAGAAGGCAGCGCGACAGCAGGACGUGAUGUGACGUCACGCCAGCGUGCGCCGUACGUCUCCUUUGAAAGAGGCACGUCUCUUCACAGCCAACGCUCGCGCUUCUAUCAGCUGCUGUGCGACCUCAGUUGUCCACGCACGCUUUUUGUUUGCGUUCUUACAUCGAUUUGUGUGUUUUGUCCGUGCACUUGAGUGACCAUGGAAGAGGCCAACAAGUUAAUCGGCGCCGGUAAGAAGCACCUGGUGACGGGCAAAGUGGUCGAGGCUGUGACUGCCCUCCAGGAGGCCUGCGGAAUUCUAGCAAAAGCAUACGGAGACACUGCAGAUGAGUGUGCUGAGGCAUUUUUCUGGUGUGGCAAAGCGCUGUUGGAGUUGGCAAGGAUGGAGAACACUGUACUCGGUAAUGCUUUGGAAGGAGUCCCAGAGGACGACGACGACGAGAAACCGAAAGACUCCACCGUGGAGGGCACAAAAAAUGUUGACGAAAAGACGAGAGAUGAGCUGAGAGUUCGAGCGUAUGAUGCCAUGGCAGAGAAAGCUGAAGGGGACAGCAAGUGUGACGUAACUGGAAGCAAACUGGAGGAAAGUGAGGCCAACAGAUCUGAGCUUCUAAAGGAAGUGGAAGGGGAGCUGGAAGAACUGGCAGAUGAAGAGGAAAAUGCCGCUGACAAGAAGGUAGAAGAACCAGCAGACAAAGUGAAAGAGAGAGAAGCUGACAAAAAGGUUGAAGACCCGGCUGGUAAUAACUUGGAACCAUCAGAGAAAAUGGAAGACGCUGAAGCAGACAAGGUACAGGACCCGGCUGAUAAGACAGAACCACCACCAGAGAAAAUGGAAGCCGACGGUACAGACAAGUUAGAAACCGUCAGAGGAAAGGUAGAAGACAUGGCUGACAAGGUCAAACCAGCUGAGAAAAUGGAAGAAGAACCAGCUGUUGAGGAGGAGGAACCAGCAGAGGGAGCCGAAGAUGGCGAUGAGGAAAGUGGAGAUGAUGCAGAGCAGCAAGUCGAGGACAUCGACGCUGGAGAAAAGGAGAGCGAUGAUGAUGAUGAUGAGGAGGAGGAGGAGGUGGGAAACCUUCAGCUGGCCUGGGAGAUGCUGGAAGUAGCGAAAGUCAUCUAUAAGAGAAAAGAGUCAAAGCAGGACCAGCUCAUGGCAGCUCAGGCCUACUUAAAACUCGGAGAAGUUUCUGCUGAGUCUGGGAACUUCACCCAAGCACUGGAGGACUUCCAGGAGUGUCUUUCUCUGAGGCUGAAACACUUGGACUCGGACAGCAGACUUCUUGCAGAGACGCACUACCAGUUGGGUUUCAUGUUCCACUUGAACCGGCAGUACAAAGAGGCCAUCGGCCAGCUCAAGCGCUCCAUCCAUGUCAUAAAGAGCAGGCUGGAAAAACUGACUGAGCUGAUCGAAAAGGCUGCUGGCCAUGACGAGCUUCCUGAGGAGAGGAAGGAGAUGGAGGAGCUGGAAGCUCUGCUGCCGGAAAUCCAGGAGAAAAUGGAGGACGCCGCCGAUGGCCUGAAAAUGCUUAACGCUGAGGCUUCGAAGGGUGUGCUGGAUGGCGCCUCUGGUUCCACUGGACAGAGUGGGGACGCCUUAACCGCUUCAUCAACAAACGGCUCACCGUCCAAAGUCACUGCUGCCAACGCUCCAGUGUCUGACAUCAGCCACUUGGUCAGGAAGAAGAGGAAACCAGAAGAGAGUCCUGUGAAAGAAGGUGCGGUCAAGAAGGUGAAGCAGGAUGAUGCUCAGGAGAAAAAUGGUGUGCACAAAGCCAAUGGGGACGCUGAGGCACACUAACAGUAUGGAGGUGUAUAGUCUGUGAAAGGGGGCGUCUUCGCUCUCACUUUACCUCAACAAGAACUGAUGUGCAGUUACCAAGAUCGCAAACCCUUGUGAAUCGUUUUUUUGUACAAUGUUAAAUAAAAAUGUUUUGUAUGUCUUUUGAAGUUGUGUGGUGAAACAAUGCCAACAUUAGUAAGUUUCUUAACAGUGCUGGAUUUGUGGAGUUGUUUCCAUAUGGUUUUUGAUGUGCCAUCAUCUUGGCUACACUUUUAUUGCACCGGUUUGGUAGCUCUGGUUGCUUUUAAAAAUGCACGUAGUAAUGUUGGCAUUGAUCCACCCCACAUUGUUGCACAGCCCCUCCCCCUGAUGUAAAUCCUGGUUUUGCCUAAUAAAAUGUUAAAUGUCACAAUCCAUUUUCUUCACCG